AUGGAAGAUUUCAUACAGCGUUCAAAAACUGGAAAUGAUAUAAGAACAAUAUUGGUCCUUGAUAUAAAUUCAAAUGUCUUAAAUGAUGAAUUCGAGUUCGAAACGGCAUUAAGAGUUCUUCCGAUUGAUUGGAGAGCUCGAAUCAUGAAUAAGAAAAAUGAGACUGAUAGAAUGAAAGCACUCUGCAAUCGACUACUUCAAUUAGUUGGGUGCUCAAUCAUUAGUAAUGUGUCUAUUAAAUCUUUACAAUUUGAUUCUAUUGAAAAUGGUAAACCUAUAAUAGUAUCCCAAGAUGAUAACAAUAUUACAUUUAGCAUGACUAAUGGAGAAAAUUACAUUGCGAUGUUCUUAAGACGUACAAUGAAUCAUCCAGCUCCACAUGUUGGAAUUGAUCUCGCAUCUGAAAAAGAUUUGAAAGACCCAAAGGAUUUGGAACUAUUCAAGGAUAUUUUUAAUACUGAGGAAUAUGAUGCUUUGGAAAGUACAUCGAUUGACGAAGUACAAUCAUUGUUUGCAUAUUAUUGGUCUUUUAAGGAAUCAUAUACGAAAUAUACAGGGACCGGGCUUUCUUGCGAUUUGAAGAAGAUAGGAGCUGGAAAAUUACAAAAUUUUGAUUCUUUCAAAGGAAUUAAUAGAUUGGUUGAAAGCAAAUCAAUGGAAUUUUAUUCAUUAUGGCUUAAUGGUCCUUUCAAAGAAAUCCUAACAAUUUGCGAGGAAGAUUUAUCUGCAAGAUAUAUAACACCUAUAGUAUAUAGAUUAACUUUAAAUGAUAUAUUGUCAUAUUUAUAA